UGAAAGUCGUGUCACAAAAUCCAUGACAGUUUUUUCUUGAUCUGACAAAUUUUCUCUGCCAGCAUGAUUAAGUUCUUUAGUCCAUUUCCGUAAAGUUUUAAUCUACAGAUCGUGGUUGUCUGGGUGACAAUGAGGUCACUUUAGGGCUGACGUUAUCCAGGUCACUUUGAAGGAGGCUUUGUGAGGAAAUGCUAAUCUCUAAGUAAAGGGGGGGGGGGGGGGGGGGGGGCAGCUGAGAGAGAAAAGGUCUCUCUCCACUUCUCUAAAGAAAAUCUUCCACUCUACAUUCAUGAUGCAGCUGUUUGGAGCUCUGGUUCUGUUUACGACUCUAUCCACAGCAUGUGGUCUGAGAUGCUACACCUGCACAGCCACCGAGCCGAAAUCCUGCACAGACACCAAAUCUUGUGCCGUCAUCUUCAACCGCUGUUUCUCUCUCAAAGUAGAAGGAUACAACAUGGUUUCCAAGGGCUGUCAAACCAGUAUAAUAUGCGGAGGUUCCAUGGAUUGCUGUGAGGGGGACUUGUGUAACAGCGCCACACUGACUGGUCCCAGUGUCAUUCUCCUGCUGGUGUCUUCCGCCAUCCUCACGCUGUUUCUCUGAAGCUCCAGCUGAGAAUAUGUUGUGGUUUCUAUGCUGCUCUUUUUCUCACUCAGUGUAAAACUACUUGUGAAUUGAUCGUGUUCUCUACAAAGAGGUUUUGAAUCAGGACAAACACAACAUUCCUCAGGAUGAAACUUUUAUUCCUUUUUCUUUAUUUUUACAACCAACAACAGCUUUGUUAGGAAUCCCUGAUUAACAAAAAUAGAAAAAGAAUGACAAAACACGACAUUAAAUAUGAACAAGCAGGAGAAAAUAAUAAACAUGUUGAUUUGAUGAACCUGAUGAUGAACAAACAAGCAGACAUAGUGUAACUGGGUUAUUGUUGUACCUAUAAUCAAUAAAUAAGACUACAAGAAAAUACAA